AUGGCACCAUACCUAGGAGCAGUCAGCAACACCUCGAGCUCAAGCUCGAGGAGCCCCAGCCCUCACAACGAGCCCUCCGCCGAGUUCAAUGGGCCCGAACCAAUUGCCAUUGUGGGAAUGGCCUGUCGAUUCCCGGGUCAGUCUGACACCCCGGACGACUUCUGGCAGAUGCUUGUAGACAAGCGAUCUGGGUACUCGGAGCCGCCCUCCAACAGGUACAACAUCGACGGCUUUUAUUCUGAGAAAUCCAAGGUUGGAACACUGGGCCUCAAGGGGGGUUACUUUAUCUCCGACCAGUACCAAUUCGAUCCACCUUUCUUUGGGAUCACGCAAACCGAGGCGGUGGCCAUGGACCCUCAGCAAAGAAAACUGCUCGAGUGUGUUUACGAGGCACUCGAGUCCGGAGGAAUUCCACUGGAUAGCGUGUCCGGCAAGAAUGUCGGCACCUAUGUUGGCAACUUCACCUACGACUAUGCCAUCAUGGCUCUGCGGGACAUGGAAUACCCCAAGCCUUACAGUAUGACUGGGCAUGGUGCGACCAUCCUGAGUAACAGAGUCAGCUAUGUCUUCAACCUCUGCGGUCCCAGUUUCACGAUCGACACGGCUUGCUCGUCUUCGCUGUACGCCAUCCACAUGGCUUGCCGUGGACUCUCGAGCGGCGAAGUCAAUGGAGCCGUGGUUGGCGGUACCAACAUGAUCCUGGAUGCGGCAGUCCAGAUGACAGUUGACAAGAUGGGCGUUCUUUCACACACCUCGACCUGCCACACGUUUGAUGCCUCAGCCGAUGGGUACGGUCGGGCUGAAGGUGUUGGAGCCUUGUACCUGAAGAGGCUCUCCGAUGCCGUCCGCGACGGCGACCCAAUCCGAGGUGUCAUUCGAGGUACUGCUGUCAACGCAAAUGGCAAGACCAGCGGUAUCACACAGCCCAGCGCGAUCGGCCAGGAAGCCGCUGCGCGUGCAGCCUACGAGUUCGCUGGAAACCUCAACACCGACGACACGUCCUACUUUGAGUGCCACGGAACUGGUACCCCCGUUGGCGACCCAAUUGAGCUGAACGGCAUCACCAACCUGUUCCUGAAGGACAGCAGGCGGGACUCGCUCUUGGUUGGAGCUGUGAAGACCAAUGUCGGCCACGCCGAAGCCGCCAGUGCCAUGGCUAGUGUAAUGAAGGUGGUGCUCGCUAUGGAGACUGGAGUUAUCCCCGCCACCAUCGGCAUAAAGAACUUCAACCCGAAGAUCGACUUUUCCAAUGGCCGCCUGCAGGUCGCAACCGACACAACAGAAUGGCCGGCCGGGUACAAUGUGCGACGUUCGAGUGUGAACUCGUUUGGAUAUGGCGGUGCCAACGCACACGCCAUCAUCGAGUCGGCCGAGUCGUAUCUGCCGGGCUACAAAUCUUUCAAAAGACGCGGCAACACGACCAAAGCUAUUACCUCAGCUCCGGCCGAGGUUCGUGGCAGCCGCUCUCUCAAUGUCCACGAGCGAACGCAGUUUCUGCUUCCGUUCUCCGCCCAGGACUUCCCAAGUCUCAAAGCCAAUGUCGAGAAGCACAGGGAGGUGGCAUCGCAAUACGACCUGCCCGAUCUGGCCUUCACACUGGGCACCCGACGCUCGUUCUUUUUCAACCGGGGAUAUGCGAUUGCGUCGGCGGAUAGCAUUGCGGAUGACCUUGACUCGGAGGAGAUGACCUUCGGCAAGCGAGGAGGCGGCGCAAAGAUCGCCUUCAUCUUCACAGGCCAGGGUGCUCAGACUGCGCAGAUGGGCAAGGAGCUGAUGGAAACCGUUCCCAGCUACCUCAAGAGCAUCCGGGACAUGGACCGUGUCCUCCAGAGCCUCGGGGAGGAUGCGCCAGAGUGGAGCAUCGAAGAGGUCCUCCUGGAGCCCAAGGCGACCAGCGCCAUCGACCAGGUUCACCUGUCGCAGCCGCUUUGCACCGCCGUGCAGAUCGCACUUGUCAAGCUGCUUCGAGAAUGGGGUGUCACCCCAGUGGCCACUGUCGGUCACUCCUCUGGCGAAAUCGCGGCUGCUUAUGCUGCUGGUGCCAUCACGGACACGCAGGCCAUCCUCGCCGCAUACUUCCGUGGUGUUGCGGUGGGCAAGCUGACUUCGCAGGGAACCAUGUUGGCUGUGGGCCUUGGACCCGAAGAUGUUGAGCCUUACCUCGAGGAGGGUGUCCGCAUCGCUUGCUACAACUCCCCCCAGAGCGUGACCCUCAGUGGUGACCAGGACGCCGCUGCAAGGGUCCAAGCCAAGCUCGAGGCCGACAAGGUCUUCGUUCGGGCUGUGAGGACCAGCGGCCGCGCCUACCACUCUCAUCACAUGAAGGAAGUCGGAGGCAUCUACGAGGAGUACGCCAACCGCGGGUUCGCCCGCAUGGACACUUUGGGAUUCCCCGAGCAUGAGAAGGGCGUGCAGCAACCCGUCUUCGUCUCCUCGGUCACAGGCGUGCCCAAGGUCAACUUCCAGCCAGGCCCUGAGUACUGGAGAGAGAACCUGGAGUCCCCCGUCAGGUUCUCCCAGGCCGUGACCCACGCUGUUGGCAUGGAGGAGCUGGGCAUCAACCACAUCGUCGAGAUUGGUCCCCACUCCGCCCUGGCUGGCCCUAUCCGACAGCUCCGCGAGAAGCUGGGGCUCAGCUCUCGAGACCUCGAGUACUCGGCCACUCUUGCUCGUGGCGAGAACUCCGUCACACGCCUCCUCGAUCUCGCAGGAGCCCUGUUCAUCAAGGGAUACCCGGUUGACCUUGGCCGUGUCAACGCCAUCGAGGAGAUCGACAAGUCCGGGAAGCUCACCCUGCGAAAGGGGCUUCCUCUGGUCGACCUCCCCCGAUACACUUGGAACUACUCGGCUGGUGAGCUCCGGGCUAAGCACCGCAUUAACCUGGACUUCCAACACCGCAAGUUCCCUCGUCACGAUCUUCUUGGCAGCUUGCUCCCAGGUACGAUCAGGGACCAGGCUCAAUGGCGCAACAUGUUGGACAUCCACGAGCUGCCGUGGCUGGAGCAGCACAAGCUGGGGCCUCAGCCCGUUCUCCCUGCGACUGGCUAUCUUGCGAUUGCCGUCGAGGCUGCACGUCAGUUCUUCUACGACAAGAUCCAGCUCGAGGGUCCCUUCAAGUACUUCUUCCCGCGUGUCUCGAUCAAGUCGGCUCUCAACCUGACCCCCUCCGGCACCCCGACGGAGCUCAUGACCAGCGUGCGCUUCCAGACCGUCUCAAAUGCCGUGUCUUCUAAGGAGUGGCUCGAAUUCUCCAUCUCGUCGGUUGUUGAGGGAGUGUGGACCGAACACUGUGUUGGUACUAUCGGAAGGCAGGCUGUUGACGAGCGGGCUCCUCUGUUUGACGAGAGCAAGGUGCAAGAGCCACGUACUGCACACACCUGGUACAGAGGAUUUGCCAACGUUGGGCUCAACUACGGUGCUGCCUUCAACGGACUGAACAACAUCCGGACUGACCCAUGGGGCAACGAGUGUGUUGCAGACACCAAGCUGCUUCCUAUUGAUGUGCCCACCGACGAAUCUCGCUACCUCAUCCACCCGGGAACCAUGGAUACCGUCUUGCAAGGACUCUUGAUCGCUGCCCACCACGGCUCCCUGACGGGGCUGACCAGGUCUUUCGUCCCUGUUGACUGGGAGGAGGUUUCCAUCUACUCCUACGAAGGCACAAAUAUGCCAGCCCCAGCCCCAGCUGAGGCCAACGGACGCCUUCUUGCCCAGGGCAAGCAGAGCAGCUUGCGUGCCAUCUACGGUGGAAUCCAGCUCUUCGCGCCCGACGGACGAGUGCUGAUGGAUGCCAAGAAUGUCAACUGCAUCACCUACUCCGAGGGCCUGAACAAGAAUUCCCUCGAGGAUCGUCACCCGUACCUCCGUGUCCUCUGGAAGCCAGACGUCGAGGCGCUCGAGAAAGGCGCGUUGCCAGCGGCCGCAUCUGGGUCCCGACGAACGUACUCUGCCCUGGAGAAAACCGUUCUCUCCAUAUUUGCCCGCAACCUGCAGAAAGCCGCCCAGACGUCAAAGGCUCCUUCCGCUGCUGUCUUGGCGGAUGCAAUCUCCGCCCUGAAGCUGGAUGUUUCGGUCGAGGCACAGCCCGAUGCUGCCAGUGUCGACCUGAGCACCUCGAAAAUGGAUGCCAACUUCUACCGCCUGGAGGCCAUCUACACCUCUAUGAUGCUUACUCUGAUGGGCGAAGAAGCCCCUGUGACCAUCGACUCGGCACCCUUGGAGGACUCUCUGAUCCAGACACUGGACCUGCUCGGUCACAAGUACGCUGGAAUGAACAUCCUCCAGGUCGUCAAUUCGGAGGUGGAUCUCGACCGGAACCUUCCUGCUCUUUUGCAAGGAGACUCCUCCCUCAAGAGAUACAAGUCAUUCACCUACCUCGCUGCCUCUGACUCUCUCGUGGAGGCUGCCGAGGAAGCUUACCCAGACGGGCGUGAUAUCUCCACUGAGAAGUCGACCCUGUUCGAGGAUGGCAGUUACGGCGCACUGGAGGGCGAGACCUUUGAUCUCGUCAUCCUGCCAGACACUUCUUCCUUGAGCAUUCCCGCCGAGGAUGCGCUGAAGCGCCUCCAGCCCUUGCUCAACGAGAAUGGCCGGUUCUUGGUCCACCAGAGCAACAACAAGCGCACCGCCCUGAACGAGCAGUUCCGCAAGGUCCUUGACUUCUUGUCCCGGGAGCUAGCCCCAGGGGGUGCUCAACCCGAUGCCUCGUUCUCCGAGUGGAAGAGCACCUUUGGUAAUCUCGAGAUCAACACCUCGAUCGCUGACCAAUCCCCAUCCGGAUGGACUUUGCUGUCGGAGCCGUCGCAGGGCCCUCAGCCCACCCAGGAGAUCGUCGUACUCUCCAGGGAUGCCACCACUGCCGUUGCAGAGUUCUCUGCAGAGCUUACACAGACCGGCUACAAGGUCCAGUCAGCCUCUCUGUCGGACAGUCACUUCACUGCUAAGCCUGAUGCCAUCUACAUCUCAAUUGUGGAGUUGGGAUCCAGUUUGUUCUACGGCAACCUGAAUGCCACCGAGUUCAAGAAUCUGCAGGUCCUGGCCGAGUCGGCUCAGGCAGUCUUCUGGCUCACAUCUGGAGACUUGCUUGGAAAGGUCGACCCCAACGCAGCCAUAGUCCAAGGCUUGGGUCGUGCGCUGCAGACAGAGAACGUCCAGCUGUCCUUUGUCGCCAUCGACCUGGACCACUCCGAUGCGGCCAAGGCGGCCAAGCAGACCGCACGAGUCCUUGCGCGGUUCACCAAGGAGACCGACAGCAUUGACAAGGAGUACAUUGUGAAGGACAAUGUGUUCCAUGUCAGCAGACUGGCCCAGGACGCCAACCUGGACCAGGAGUACGGCGAGAUCAUCCGCAAGGAGGCAGUGAACGAGAAAUAUGAUCCCAAGGAGCCCAUCCGUCUUGACAUCGAGAAGAUCGGCCUGCUCGACACCCUGUACUUCAAGACCGAUGAUCGCUCUCGUGAGCUCGCGGCCGACGAGGCCGAGGUCGAGGUCAAGGCAGUGGGUCUCAACAUGAAGGAGUACGCAACUUUCCGUGGCAGCUUCCACUCAGAAUCCCUCAGCCACGAGGGCUCCGGUAUUGUGCGCCGCGUCGGUGCGGGCGUGACCGACGUCAAGGUCGGAGACAAGGUCUGCUGGAUGGGCAAGGGCCUCUUCGGCAACAUCGAGCGCUUCAAGGCCAUCCACCUCCACCAGAUCCGUGAGGAGGACGGCCUGAGCUUCGAGGAGAUCGCCGGCAUGCCGCUCGUCUUCGCGACAGCUGUCUACGGCCUGCUCUACCUCGGCCGUCUGAAGAAGGGCGAGAAGGUGUUGAUCCACUCCGCGACUGGCGGUGUCGGUCUUGCUGCUGUUCAGGUCGCCAAGAUGGUCGGCGCCGAGAUCUUUGCUACUGUCGGCACGCCCGCCAAACGUGAGUUCCUGAAGCGCGAGUACGGCCUCGACGACUCGCACAUCUUCAGCUCGCGCGACACCUCCUUUGCCGCUGGCAUCAUGGCUGCCACCAACGGCUACGGUAUCGAUGUCUCGCUCAACUCCCUGGUCCGCGAACUGCUUGCGGCCUCAUGGAGCGUCAUGGCCCACAGCGGCCGUCACAUUGAGAUUGGGCGAACUGAUAUCAUGGAGUUUGGUAUCCUUGACCUGAACGUCUUCAAGCGCAACACGACUUUCAGUGCCUUUGACUUUGGUGUUGUUGCUGAUGAUCAGCCACAAAUCGUUGCGGAUGUCAUGAAGGAUGUCAUGAAGUACCUCCGCGAGGGCAAGAUCCGGCCUCUCCAGCCACUUGCUCUCUUCAAUGCUACCGAGGUCGCAGCAGCAUUCGCAGAGUUUGCCAACCCGCACAGGAUUGGCAAGGUCGUCGUGUCCUUCAAUGCCGAUUCUGCCCUUCCUGUCAAGCGGGAGCACAGGAACGCCGUCAAGUUCAGGCCGGACGGUACAUACGUGCUCAUUGGCUGCCUGGGCGGUCUCGGCCGGACCCUUGCCCGCUUCAUGGUCGAGCGCGGCGCGCGCCACCUGACGUUCCUGGGCCGCUCGGGAGCGGACAGCAAGGACGCGGCCGCCAUGGUCGAGAGCCUGCGGGCGCGCGGCUGUGCCGUCCACGUCGUGCGCGGCGACGUGUCCAACAAGGAAGACGUCGCAAGAGCCGUCGCUGCUGCCGGAGUCCCCGUCUACGGCAUGGUGCAAGGCGCCAUGGCCCUCGAGGACAAGCUGUUCAGCAAGCUUGACCUCCCUGGCUGGCAGUACCCCAUCGACCCCAAGGUCCGGGGAACCUGGAAUCUGCACGAGUGCCUCGCUGGCCAGCCCCUGGACUUCUUCGUCAUGCUCUCCUCCAUCUCCGCCAUGACCGGUGCGCCGACCCAGAGCAACUACUGCGCCGGCAACACCUUCCUGGACUUCUUCGCCCGCUACCGUGCCAACCAGGGCCUGCCAGCCACGACGGUCGGCCUCAGCAUGGUCCUGGAGGUCGGCUUCGUGUCGCAGAACCUGGCCAUCGAGCAGGGAAUCUCGCGCUCCGGCAUCCACGGCAUCACGGAGCGCGACUUCAUCCUGCUCAUGGAGCAGGCCAUGAAGCCCGGCCGCGUCGGCGACUGGCGCCUCGACCCGGGCGCAAAGAACUUCCUCGUCAGCGGCCUCGAGCCGGCCAAGCUGGCCGAGGACCUCGACGUGCACGGCUUCCGCUUCUGGCUGCAGCCCCGCGUCGGGCCCCUGCUGACGGCCAUCCAGCGCAGGAGCGAGGGCUCCGGGCGCGGCGGCUCAGGCGGCGCCAGUGCCGUCCUGGACCUGCCCGCCAUCCUCGAGGCGACCGUCGACAAGUUCGCCAAGACGUUCAUGAUCCCCGCGGAUGAUGUAGACCCCCUCAAGGCGCUCGUUGCCUACGGCAUGGACAGCAUGAUCGGGACGGCGCUGCGCAACUGGUGCUUCUCGACCUUUGGCGUGGAUAUUCCUGCCUCUGACUUCAUGGGCCCCGUCCUCACUGCCCAGUCACUUGCGGAGAAAAUCUUCGCGGGCCGCUCAUGA